AUGCACUACAUGACCAUCAUCAGCGAGCUCGUUGAUGCAAAAAAGUCGAGUAGAGUGACUCGCAUAGUUGUGGAGGAUAGGAAGCUGCCCAUGGCUACUAGACAGACGCAGAUGAAGACGACGCAGGUUCGGGUUGUUAUUCAAGGACUUGAUCCGCUUGAUGAGGAGUACUUGAAUAACAAGUCGGCGUUUAGCUUGCCUUCAAAACACAGCUGCGAAGCCAUGUUACAAGCCUACUUUUCCCUCGGCCACCCUCACGUGCCCAUCCUCGACCCCGUCGAAUUCGUCAGGUCGUACUUAUCCGGCUCAUUCUCCCUCUUCCUCAUGCAAGCCAUCCUCGCCAACGCCGCGCUGUACGCACCCAUGCCGCUUCUCGAAGCUUGCGGUUUCGGUGAGAGAUGCGAGGCCAUUGAGACGUACUUCUCAAGAGCUAGUUUGCUGUACCAGUUUGGCUGUGAGAGGAACCAGCUGCGGUCACUGCAAGGAUCGAUUGUGUUGGGGAUGACGGCCGUGACGGGAUCGUUUGAUCGGGAUUUCAGAUAUUGGAUUCAUAAUGCAGUGAGAUUGGCCGUUAAGAUGGGGUUACAUAAGAGGAUCCGCGACAUUACGCUCCUCCUCGGCGGCGCACAGAACAUGCGCAUGAUCCACGCAGAAGACAACGAAGUCCUCACCAUCCCAACCCCCGAAUCCCUCGGCGAUGACAUCCCAGCAUGCUACGCCCACCUCAUCCCACCUCUAACACAGCAGCAACGCGAGUAUUUCAUCGAAUACUGCCGUCUCGCACGAAUAGCAACAAAAUGUCUCUCCAUCUUGAAAUCUCAUCCCCGCGAAACCCUCGACCUCAUCCAAUCCGAGCUCCAUCUCUGGCGCUCCUCCCUCCCCGAAUCUCUCCAGCCCGUCCACCGCUGGUCUCACGUCCGCAGCGACUCCAUCUGGCACAUGGUCCUCAUGACUUCGAGCUACCGCUACGAGAGCAUGCUCUGCCGCAUCCUGAGGAAGGAAUCCGAAGGCCGCGACCUAGAACUCCAGAAGAAAUCCGCCCAGGCCGUCAGAGCGGCGAUAUAUGAGCUCGAUGCCAUCAUUGGACAGGCCAUGGCGUACGAUAUGCUUUCCAUGCUUCCAAUGUCAUGCAUAAGCAUCGGCCCAACAGUCUUAGCACUACACCUCGAAAUCGUCCUCAGCCCCUCUGAAAGCGAAACUGUAAAAUCUCGCUCCCGAAUCUACAUCCACCAAGCCAUCGUCUUUCUCCAACAGUGCCGCGAUCUGCCCUUUAUGAAGAUUGCUCUCGAUCUCGUCGACUGGGCGCUCACCAAGCAAAAUCUCCUCUCCAUCGACAAGCUCAACGCCCCCCCGCCGCCUGAGCCGUUUGUGGAUCUGGAUAAGGAGGCCAGUGGCACGGGAGGGGAGAACCAGGCCAUGGCGAAUGUAUCUGUGUUUGAUGUAAUAGAGAGGCUGGAUGAAUUUCUGGAGCUUGGGGCAAUGGAUGAUACCAUGAUUUCGGAUUUAUGGCAGAACAUUUCUUAG